AUGUUCUGGAGAAGCAAACCAUAUAUCCUUCAACUCUUUAAGCCUACUCUCGAAGAAUGGGAUGCUGAGGAUAAUUUACGAAAAUGCGAUGAAGUAAAAUGGCGUGAACAAAAUUUAAGUGCUAUUCCCGGUGAUUUGAAAGAGAAAUUCGUUACAAUUAUACCACUGGGAGGCGGAUGGUAUGUGCUAUGUCCUAAGACUAAAAGCGAAGCAAUGGAUAUCGAGAAAAACUACCACGCAAAACGCUUUCCGGUCCAAAAAGGUAUCGGCAAUCGACUCUCACUCACCGGCUCAGAUUUCUGCUCUAUGGAGCACGACAAGAGAGUGAAAGAUUGCCAGGCGGCCUGCAAUGCUUACGCGGAAGUUUUCGAGGAAAAAUGGAAGAUAAGGGAACCAUACUGGGAAAAUAGACAGAAAGCAUUCCACACAGCAUUCGGAGUAUGGCGAUCGAGGAUGAGAGUCGUGCUGAAGUGGAAAAGUCACGAAUCUUGGGUUCACUGUAUAAUUGAAUGCAUGAAUGCUUACGAAGUAGACUGGUUGAUCUACGGGAGGCAGCUUAAGUAA